AUGAUGGGUCCCUCGACGUUGGACUCGUCGGAGAAAAACGAGGUACACGUCGAGCGCGUCCCCGACGCCGCUGACAAUGCCGUGCUAGGAUCGUCGCCUGGGGUGGGAAUGCCCGCCGAGUUCGCCCACCUCGAUGAGAAGAAGAUUCUGCGCAAGGUAGUUGAUUAUACACGAGCUAUGGACGUGCGAUUGAUUCCUGUUCUAGCGCUCCUCUACCUGCUCUCGUUUCUCGAUCGCGGCAACAUUGGCAAUGCCAACAUUGAAGGCCUCUCCGAUGACCUGCACCUCACCCCCGACCAGUACAACUGGUGCCUCACCGUCUUCUUCUUCACCUACGCCGCCUUUGAAGUUCCCAGCAACCUUAUGCUCAAGAAACUACGCCCCAGCCGCUGGCUGCCCACCAUCAUGGUCGCCUGGGGCGUCGUCAUGACGCUUAUGGGCAUCGUGCGCAGCUAUCACGGCCUCUUGGCCACGCGCAUCUUUCUAGGCGUUGCCGAAGCUGGCUUGUUUCCCGGUGUCGCUUAUUACUUGACCAUGUGGUACUGCCGCCACGAGAUUCAGCUCCGCCAGGCCAUGUUCUUCUCUGCCGCUUCCGUCGCCGGCGCUUUUAGCGGCCUCCUCGCCUUUGCCAUUAGCAAGAUGCACGGCGUCGGCGGCCUCGAGGGCUGGCGAUGGAUCUUUAUCCUCGAGGGCCUCCUGACCGUCCUUGUUGCUCUGCUGUCCUUUUUCCUUCUCUACGACUUUCCCGAGACGGCAAGUUUCCUCACUGAAGAAGAGCGCGCGUUUGUCAUGUACAGGCUCAAGUACCAGGGUCAGGUGGCCAGCAAGACGACCUCGGAUGGCGCCGUCCGCGCCAAAAUCGCACAGUCGGAAGAGUUUCAAUGGAAGUACGUCUGGCAAGCAUUUACCGACUGGCAGAUUUACGUCAACAUUUUUGUGUACUGGGGAGUGGUGUGCCCGUUGUAUGGCAUCAGCUUGUUCCUCCCCACCAUCAUCAAGGACCUCAACUAUACCAACAGCACCGCCCAGCUCAUGACUGUUCCGAUUUACAUUACCGCAUCAGUUCUUGCCGUUUUUGGAGCUUUCCUCUCCGACAGAGCAGGCAUACGAAGUCCCUUUAUUAUUUCGCUGCUCUGCGUCAUGGCCGCCGGCUUUGGCAUGUGCAUUGGCUCUGAUAACCCAAGAGUCGUCUACGGUGGUGUCUUUAUCGCCGCUUGCUGCAUUUACCCGGCUUUUCCUGGCGUCAUCGCCUGGCUGUCCAACAACCUCGCUGGCAGCUACAAACGAGGUGUCGGCAUGGCCUUGCAAAUCGGCAUCGGCAAUCUCGGUGGCGCCAUGGCGUCCAACUUUUACCGCAAAAAAGACAAGCCCAGGUUCAUCCUGGGGCAUGCACUCGAGCUGGGCUUCAUCGGGGUAGGCAUCAUUGCUGCCAUCCUCCUCAUUCUGUCGUACCGCCGAAUCAACCACAAGCGCGACAGGCAGAUGCGCGACGGUGCCGACCGGCUGCACACGGAGGAGGAACUGGCCGCUAUGGGCGACAAGGCGGUUACAUUCCGAUACAUGUAUUAG